CGGCAGCGGCGGCAACGCCUCCUGCUCACACUCCCGGGGUGGCGGGGUUAGAUGAGCGGCCCCAGUAGCGGCGAGGGCGGUGCGGGGGGGAAGGGGAGGAGACGAAGGAGGAGGAGGAGGAGAUCGCUGUCUUUGUAGUCUCCCAGCCGUGGGAGCCGGAGGCCGCCGGCGGAGCCGUCGUCGUUGGAAAAGGGCUGUGUGUGCGCGCGCGUGUCUGCCCGCCCGGCCCGCGGGGACGAGGCGGCGGCGGCGAGGAUGAUGAUGUGCGCAGCGACUGCUUCCCUCGCCGCCGCCUCCUCGGGCCCCGGCGGGGACGGAUUCUUCCCAGCCGCCACCUUCUCUUCCUCCCCGGCGCCGGGGGCGCUGUUCAUGCCGGUUCCCGAGGGCUCCUUGGCUGCUGCCGGGCUGGGGCUGGGGCUGCCCGCCGUGGACUCCCGGGGUCACUACCAGCUGCUGCUGUCAGGCCGGGCCCUGGCCGACCGCUACCGGAGGAUUUACACAGCUGCGCUCAGUGACAGAGACCAGGGAGGCAGCAGCGCUGGACACCCAGCCUCCAGGAAUAAGAAAAUUUUAAAUAAGAAGAAAUUGAAAAGAAAACAGAAGAGCAAAUCAAAAGUGAAGACAAGAAGCAAGUCUGAAAACUUGGAGAAUGCAGUCAUCAUACCAGAUAUCAAACUACAUAGCAACCCUUCUGCUUUCAAUAUUUACUGCAAUGUACGUCACUGCGUCCUGGAGUGGCAGAAAAAGGAAACAUCAUUGGCAGCUGCAUCUAAGAACUCUGUACAGAGUGGAGAAUCAGACAGUGAUGAAGAGGAGGAAUCCAAAGAGCCCCCUAUCAAGCUUCCGAAGAUUAUUGAGGUUGGACUUUGUGAAGUUUUUGAAUUGAUCAAGGAGAUGCGAUUUUCUCAUCCAUCCCUGUGUCUCAGGAGUCUCCAAGCUCUGCUCAACGUGCUUCAGGGUCAGCAGCCUGAAGGCCUCCAGUCAGAGCCACCUGAGGUCCUAGAGUCUCUCUUCCAGCUCCUUUUGGAAAUCACUGUUCGAAGUACUGGAAUGAAUGACAGCACAGGACAGUCCCUCACAGCACUUUCCUGUGCUUGCCUCUUUAGUCUGGUGGCCUCUUGGGGAGAAACAGGAAGGACACUUCAGGCCAUUUCUGCUAUCCUCACCAACAAUGGUAGCCAUGCUUGCCAAACUAUUCAGGUGCCAAUAAUACUAAAUUCACUACAGAGAAGUGUACAGGCAGUUUUGGUCGGAAAAAUCCAAAUUCAGGACUGGUUUAGUAAUGGCAUUAAGAAAGCAGCUUUAAUGCACAAGUGGCCAUUAAAAGAAAUAUCUGUUGAUGAAGAUGACCAGUGUCUACUUCAGAAUGAUGGAUUUUUUCUUUAUCUGUUAUGCAAGGAUGGAUUAUACAAAAUAGGCUCUGGAUACAGUGGAACAGUUAGGGGCCAUAUAUACAAUUCUACAUCCCGCAUCAGAAACAGAAAAGAAAAAAAGUCUUGGUUAGGGUAUGCUCAGGGUUAUUUAUUAUAUAGAGAUAUGAAUAACCACAGCAGGACAGCCAUAAGAAUAAGCCCUGAAACAUUGGAACAAGAUGGUACUGUGAUGUUGCCAGAUUGCCACACUGAAAGUCAAAAUAUUUUAUUCACUGAUGGAGAAUAUAUUAAUCAGAUAGCUGCUUCAAGAGAUGAUGGUUUUGUUGUCAGAAUAUUUGCCACAAGCACUGAACCCGUGCUGCAGCAAGAGUUACAGCUUAAACUGGCCAGGAAGUGCUUACAUGCCUGUGGUAUCUCACUGUUUGAUCUGGAAAAGGACCUGCAUAUUAUAAGUACAGGAUUUGAUGAGGAGUCAGCAGUUCUUGGUGCAGGACGAGAGUUUGCAUUAAUGAAAACAGCAAAUGGGAAGGUAUAUUACACUGGCAAAUACCAGAGCCUUGGAAUCAAACAAGGUGGUCCUUCAGCAGGAAAAUGGGUUGAGCUACCAAUUACAAAAUCUCCAAAGAUAGUACACUUCUCAGUUGGACACGAUGGCUCUCAUGCUCUUUUAGUUGCAGAAGACGGAAGCAUAUUCUUUACAGGAUCUGCUAGCAAAGGAGAAGAUGGAGAGUCAACUAAAAGUAGACGGCAAUCAAAACCCUAUAAACCUAAAAAGAUAAUUAAGAUGGAAGGAAAAAUUGUGGUAUAUACAGCCUGUAAUAAUGGAAGUAGUUCUGUUAUAUCUAAAGAUGGAGAACUAUACAUGUUCGGAAAAGAUGCCAUUUACUCUGAUAGUUCAAGUUUGGUAACUGAUUUGAAGGGUCAUUUUGUAACUCAGGUGGCUAUGGGCAAAGCUCACACUUGUGUUUUAAUGAAGAACGGAGAGGUUUGGACAUUUGGUGUAAAUAAUAAAGGACAGUGUGGACGAGACACUGGUGCUAUGAACCAAGGAGGGAAAGGGUUUGGAGUUGAAAAUAUGGCAACAGCAAUGGAUGAAGACCUGGAAGAAGAGCUAGAUGAAAAAGAUGAGAAGUCCAUGAUGUGCCCUCCGGGCAUGCAUAAAUGGAAGCUGGAGCAGUGCAUGGUUUGCACUGUGUGUGGAGACUGUACAGGGUACGGAGCCAGCUGCGUCAGCAGUGGGCGUCCGGACAGAGUCCCUGGAGGGAUCUGUGGUUGCGGUUCUGGAGAAUCAGGCUGUGCUGUAUGUGGAUGUUGCAAGGCUUGUGCCAGAGAGUUGGAUGGUCAGGAGGCCAGACAAAGAGGCAUUCUUGAUGCAGUGAAAGAAAUGAUACCGUUAGAUCUUCUUUUAGCUGUCCCAGUACCCGGGGUUAAUAUUGAAGAACAUCUUCAGUUACGACAAGAAGAAAAACGGCAGCGUGUAAUCAGAAGACAUAGAUUAGAGGAAGGAAGAGGCCCCAUUGUAUUUGCUGGUCCUAUUUUUAUGAACCAUCGAGAACAGGCUCUAGCCAGACUCAGAUCCCAUCCAGCACAGCUAAAGCAUAAGCGGGACAAGCACAAAGUGAUAUUUGCAAACAGAAACAUACAACAUAGCUUUCAAGAUUGCUUCUUUGCAGAUGGUAGUGGAGAAAGAGGAGAAAAGGAUGCAAGCAAAAUCACAACGUAUCCACCAGGCUCUGUGCGAUUUGACUGUGAACUCCGGGCAGUCCAAGUCAGCUGUGGAUUUCACCAUUCAGUGGUUUUAAUGGAAAAUGGAGACGUGUAUACAUUUGGUUAUGGGCAGCAUGGGCAGCUGGGACAUGGAGAUGUCAACUCCAGGGGAUGUCCCACUCUUGUUCAAGCAUUGCCAGGCCCUAGCACACAGGUCACUGCAGGCAGCAACCAUACGGCAGUACUUUUAAUGGACGGACAGGUCUUCACGUUUGGGAGUUUUUCUAAAGGACAACUGGGCAGACCAAUUGUGGAUGUGCCAUAUUGGAAUGCAAAGCCAGCUCCCAUGCCUAAUAUUGGAUCAAAAUAUGGAAGAAAAGCUACUUGGAUAGGUGCAAGUGGGGACCAGACUUUCUUACGAAUUGAUGAAGCACUUAUUAAUUCUCAUGUACUUGCUACAUCAGAAAUUUUUGCCAGUAAACAUAUAAUAGGCUUGGUACCUGCUUCUUUAUCAGAACCUCCUCCGUUUAAGUGUCUUCUGAUAAAUAAAGUGGAUGGGAGUUGUAAAACUUUUAAUGACUCAGAACAAGAGGAUCUGCAAGGAUUUGGUGUUUGUCUUGAUCCUGUAUAUGAUGUAAUUUGGAGGUUUCGCCCAAAUACCAGAGAACUGUGGUGUUACAAUGCAGUGGUUGCUGAUGCCAGACUUCCCUCUGCAGCGGAUAUGCAGUCCAGAUGUAGUAUCCUGAGUCCUGAACUUGCUCUGCCAACAGGAUCGAGGGCUCUCACCACCCGAUCUCAUGCAGCUUUGCACAUUCUAGGUUGUCUUGAUACCUUGGCAACUAUGCAGGACUUAAAGAUGGGUGUUGCAAGUACAGAGGAGGAGACUCAAGCAGUAAUGAAGGUUUAUUCCAAAGAAGAUUAUAGCAUAGUAAACAGAUUUGAAAGUCAUGGUGGGGGUUGGGGUUACUCUGCCCAUUCAGUAGAAGCUAUACGUUUCAGUGCUGACACUGACAUUUUACUUGGUGGUCUUGGUCUGUUUGGAGGUAGAGGAGAAUAUACUGCUAAAAUUAAGUUGUUUGAGUUGGGUCCCGAUGGAGGAGAUCAUGAAACUGAUGGAGACCUUCUUGCAGAGACUGAUGUGCUGGCUUACGACUGUGCUGCGAGAGAAAAAUAUGCAAUGAUGUUUGAUGAGCCAGUUCUCCUGCAAGCUGGUUGGUGGUAUGUGGCAUGGGCCCGAGUGUCAGGACCCAGCAGUGACUGUGGGUCUCAUGGACAAGCAUCUAUUACCACAGAUGAUGGGGUUGUUUUUCAGUUUAAGAGUUCAAAGAAGUCAAAUAAUGGUACAGAUGUUAAUGCUGGUCAGAUACCGCAAUUAUUAUACAGACUUCCAACCAGCGAUGGCGGUGCUUCCAAAGGCAAGCAGCAAACCAGUGAGCCUGUACACAUUUUAAAGAGAUCUUUUGCAAGAACUGUCUCAGUGGAAUGUUUUGAGUCGUUGUUGAGUAUUCUUCACUGGAGCUGGACGACCUUAGUCUUAGGAGUUGAAGAACUCAGAGGAUUAAAAGGUUUCCAGUUCACAGCUACCCUUCUAGAUUUAGAGAGACUGCGCUUUGUUGGUACCUGUUGUCUGAGGUUAUUGCGUGUCUAUACCUGUGAAAUUUACCCAGUGUCAGCUACAGGCAAAGCAGUUGUAGAAGAAACUAGCAAAUUAGCAGAAUGUAUUGGAAAAACUAGAACUUUGUUAAGAAAAAUUUUAUCAGAAGGAGUUGAUCACUGCAUGGUAAAGUUGGAUAAUGAUCCUCAAGGAUAUCUCAGUCAACCCUUGAGUCUCCUGGAAGCUGUCCUACAGGAGUGUCAUAAUACUUUCACUGCCUGUUUUCAUUCUUUCUACCCAACUCCUGCCUUACAGUGGGCGUGCCUUUGUGAUCUGCUGAAUUGUUUGGAUCAGGAUAUCCAGGAAGCAAACUUCAAGACAUCAAGUAGCCGACUCCUUGCAGCUGUCAUGUCGGCUCUGUGCCACACUUCUGUGAAGCUGACUUCCAUCUUCCCUAUUGCAUAUGACGGAGAAGUGCUACUGCGAUCAAUUGUGAAACAAGUUAGCACAGAGAAUGACUCAGCACUAGUUCAUCGUUUUCCUCUUUUGGUGGCACAUAUGGAAAAACUCAGCCAGAGUGAGGAGAAUAUCUCAGGGAUGACAAGCUUCCGUGAAGUUUUGGAGAAAAUGCUGGUUAUUGUAGUGCUACCAGUGAGGAACAGCCUGAGGAGAGAAAAUGAGCUCUUCUCCUCCCACCUGGUCUCCAACACCUGUGGAUUACUCGCCAGUAUUGUCAGUGAACUGACAGCAUCAGCCUUGGGAUCUGAGGUUGACGGACUUAAUUCCCUCCACUCUGUCAAAGCUAGUGCUAACCGAUUCACGAAAACCAGUCAGGGAAGAAGUUGGAACACUGGGAAUGGAUCCCCUGAUGCAAUCUGUUUUUCAGUCGACAAACCUGGAAUAGUUGUGGUUGGUUUCUCUGUCUAUGGAGGAGGUGGAAUUCAUGAAUAUGAAUUAGAGGUGUUGGUUGAUGAUAGUGAACAUGCAGGCGAUUCAACUCAUUCCCACAGAUGGACCUCUCUAGAGUUAGUCAAGGGAACAUAUACAACAGAUGACUCACCCAGUGAUAUAGCUGAAAUAAGACUUGACAAAGUGGUUCCUUUAAAGGAAAAUGUUAAAUAUGCUGUGCGUUUGAGGAACUAUGGAAGCCGGACGGCCAAUGGGGAUGGAGGAAUGACUACAGUUCAGUGCCCUGAUGGUGUGACGUUUACAUUCAGCACAUGCAGCUUGAGUAGUAAUGGCACAAACCAAACUAGAGGACAGAUUCCACAGAUACUCUACUAUAGGAGUGAAUUUGAUGGAGAUUUACAAUCUCAACUUCUGAGUAAAGCUAAUGAAGAAGAUAAAAACUGUAGCAGAGCUCUCUCUGUUGUAAGCACUGUCGUUCGAGCUGCUAAGGACCUCUUGCACAGAGCUCUUGCUGUGGAUGCUGAUGACAUUCCAGAACUGCUCAGUUCUUCCAGUCUGUUUUCCAUGCUGCUUCCCCUUAUCAUAGCCUACAUAGGACCAGUAGCUGCUGCUAUUCCCAAGGUGGCUGUAGAAGUCUUUGGCCUUGUCCAACAAUUGCUUCCCUCCGUUGCCAUUUUGAAUCAGAAGUAUGCACCUCCUGCAUUCAAUCCUAAUCAGUCAACAGAUAGCACCACAGGAAACCAGCCUGAACAAGGCCUCUCUGCUUGUACAACCUCUAAUCACUAUGCUGUCAUAGAGAGCGAGCACCCAUAUAAACCUGCCUGUGUGAUGCACUACAAGGUGACAUUCCCAGAAUGUGUCAGGUGGAUGACAAUCGAAUUUGACCCUCAGUGUGGCACUGCCCAGUCAGAAGAUGUCCUCCGUUUGUUGAUUCCUGUCAGAACUAUUCAGAAUUCAGGAUAUGGACCAAAAUUGACAUCUGUUCAUGAAAAUCUUAAUUCAUGGAUAGAAUUAAAAAAAUUUUCAGGAUCCUCUGGAUGGCCUACUAUGGUUUUAGUGUUGCCUGGAAACGAAGCCCUUUUUUCAUUGGAGACUGCAUCAGAUUAUGUGAAAGACGACAAAGCUUCUUUCUAUGGUUUCAAAUGUUUUGCAAUUGGAUAUGAAUUUAGCCCUGGGCCUGAUGAGGGAGUGAUUCAGUUAGAAAAAGAACUAGCCAACCUCGGUGGGAUUUGUGCAGCAGCUUUGAUGAAAAAGGAUCUAGCACUUCCUAUUGGUAAUGAAUUAGAAGAAGAUCUUGAAAUUCUUGAAGAGGCUGCAUUGCAGGUGUGCAAAACCCAUUCUGGUAUUCUUGGAAAGGGCUUAGCUCUUUCUCAUUCACCAACUAUACUAGAGGCACUUGAAGGAAAUUUACCACUCCAAAUCCAAAGCAAUGAGCAGUCCUUUCUGGAUGAUUUUAUUGCUUGUGUUCCAGGAUCGAGUGGUGGAAGGCUUGCAAGGUGGCUUCAGCCAGAUUCCUAUGCUGAUCCUCAGAAAACGUCUUUGAUCCUGAAUAAAGAUGAUAUUCGUUGUGGUUGGCCUACUACCAUAACUGUUCAAACAAAAGACCAGUAUGGGGAUGUAGUGCAUGUUCCCAGUAUGAAGGUGGAAGUGAAAGCCGUCCCUGUUUCUCAGAAAAAAACAUCUUUACAACAAGAACAAGUAAAGAAAUCUCAAAGAAUUCCAGGGAGUCCUGCAGUAACAGCUGCAGCUCCAAAUACUGACAUGACUUUUGGCGGACUGGCAUCACCAAAGCUGGAUGUUUCAUAUGAACCAAUGAUAGUGAAGGAGGCUCGAUAUAUUGCCAUAACUAUGAUGAAGGUUUAUGAAAAUUAUUCAUUUGAAGAAUUGCGUUUUGCAUCACCAACUCCUAAAAGACCCAGUGAGAAUAUGCUGAUCCGUGUCAAUAAUGAUGGCACUUACUGUGCAAAUUGGACUCCGGGGGCUAUUGGACUCUACACUAUUCAUGUUACUAUUGAUGGCAUUGAAAUAGAUGCUGGCCUAGAAGUAAAAGUAAAAGAUCCACCAAAAGGGAUGAUACCACCAGGAACCCAAAUGGUAAAACCAAAGACUGAACCUCAACCAAAUAAGGUUCGAAAAUUUGUUGCCAAGGACAGUGCUGGGCUCCGUAUUCGGAGCCAUCCUUCCCUCCAGAGUGAGCAGAUAGGCAUCGUGAAAGUUAAUGGAACUAUCACUUUUAUUGAUGAGAUCCACAAUGAUGAUGGUGUAUGGCUGCGACUGAAUGAUGAGACAAUAAAGAAAUAUGUUCCUAACAUGAAUGGUUACACUGAAGCUUGGUGCCUCUCUUUUAAUCAACAUCUUGGCAAGAGCCUUCUGGUCCCUGUUGACAAUAUCUUUAAUGCUAGCCAAGGAGUCAGGGAUUUGGACGUAUUUUCAUGGACUUCCAAAGCUUUUUUCCCCCAGGAAUCUAAAACUAAUACUGAUGACUUUUUCAAAGACAUAAAUUCCUGCUGCCCACAGGAAGCAACAAUGCAAGAGCAAGAUAUGCCAUUCUUGCGAGGAGGGCCAGGCAUGUACAAGGUAGUGAAGACGGGACCUUCAGGUCACAACAUCAGAAGCUGCCCUAACCUUAGAGGUAUCCCAAUUGGAAUGUUAGUUCUGGGAAACAAAGUCAAAGCAGUGGGAGAGGUAACCAAUUCUGAAGGUACAUGGGUGCAGCUGGAUAAGAACAGCAUGGUAGAGUUCUGUGAGAGUGAUGAAGGAGAGGCAUGGUCCUUAGCUAGAGACAGAGGCGGAAACCAGUACCUGCGACAUGAAGAUGAACAAGUUCUUCUGGAUCAAAAUUCUCAAACUCCUCCUCCAAGCCCUUUCUCAGUACAAGCUUUUAAUAAAGGGGCAAGUUGCAGUGCCCAGGGAUUUGAUUAUGGACUCGGAAACAAUAAAGGUGACCAACUGAGUGCCAUAUUGAAUUCCAUUCAGUCACGACCCAAUCUCCCAGCUCCUUCCAUCUUUGAUCAAGCUGCAAAACCUCCCUCUUCCCUAGUCCACAGCCCAUUUGUGUUUGGACAGCCCCUUUCCUUCCAGCAGCCUCAGCUUCAGAGUGACCGAGGAAAUGUCUUGACAUCUUCUAGACCAGCCUGUACAUCAGGAAAAUCAGAGCUGUCAUCUAAACACAGCAGAUCACUUAAACCUGAUGGACGUAUGAGCCGGACUACUGCUGACCAAAAGAAGUCAAGGGGUACAGACAGUUUAUCUGCCAGUGAAUCCCUGAUGUUAAAAUCUGAUGCUGCAAAGUUGAGAUCAGAUUCCCAUAGUAGGUCAUUGUCCCCCAACCAUAACACCUUGCAGACGCUGAAAUCUGAGGGGAGGAUAUCUUCUAGCUUUAGAGCCGAAUCCCCAGGACCAGGUUCUCGGUCAUCAUCUCCUAAGCCAAAGACUCUCCCCUCCAAUAGGUCUAGCCCAGCAGGCACUAGUUCUCCACGCUCCUCCUCACCACAUGAUAAAAAUCUACCUCAAAAAAGCACUGCUCCUGUUAAGACAAAACUUGAUCCUCCUCGGGAACGUUCCAAAUCAGACUCAUACACACUUGAUCCAGAUACCCUCCGUAAGAAGAAAAUGCCCCUCACAGAACCGUUAAGGGGGCGAUCGACAUCACCAAAACCAAAAUCAGUACCAAAGGAUUCUAAAGAUUCUCCUGGAUCUGAAAACAGAGCUCCUUCUCCCCAUGUGGUACAGGAAAACCUUCAUAGUGAGGUGGUUGAAGUGUGCACCUCAAGUACCUUAAAAACAAAUAGUCUAACAGACAGUACCUGUGAUGAAAGUAGUGAGUUUAAGAGUGUGGAUGAGGGUUCCAAUAAAGUUCAUUUCAGCAUCGGAAAAGCACCACUGAAAGAUGAACAGGAAAUGAGAGCAUCCCCCAAAAUAAGUCGCAAAUGUGCUAAUAGGCACACCAGGCCCAAAAAAGAAAAGUCUAGUUUUCUUUUCAAAGGAGAUGGAUCCAAAUCUUUAGAGUCAGCCAAGCAAGCCAUGUCUCCUUCUGUGGCUGAGUGUGCCAGAGCAGUCUUUGCCUCCUUCCUGUGGCAUGAGGGCAUAGUACAUGAUGCAAUGGCUUGUUCUUCUUUCUUGAAAUUCAAUCCUGAACUUUCCAAAGAACAUGCUCCGAUAAGGAGUAGUUUAAAUAGCCAGCAGCCUACAGAGGAAAAAGAAACCAAGUUAAAAAAUAGACACUCGUUGGAAAUAUCAUCUGCACUGAAUAUGUUUAAUAUUGCACCUCAUGGACCAGAUAUAUCUAAGAUGGGUAGCAUCAAUAAAAAUAAGGUGUUGUCCAUGCUUAAGGAACCGCCUCUGCAUGAAAAGUGUGAGGAUGGGAAAACCGAAGCCACUUUUGAAAUGUCCAUGCAUCACACAAUGAAGUCUAAAUCUCCUCUUCCCUUAACUUUACAACAUUUAGUGGCUUUUUGGGAAGACAUCUCUUUGGCUACAAUCAAAGCUGCUUCUCAGAAUAUGAUCUUUCCAAGUCCUGGUUCCUGUGCUGUCCUUAAAAAGAAAGAAUGUGAGAAAGAGAAUAAGAAGGCCAAAAAGGAAAAAAAGAAAAAAGAAAAGGCAGAAGUUAGACCCAGGGGUAAUUUGUUUGGAGAGAUGGCCCAGCUGGCAGUGGGAGGACCAGAGAAAGACACCAUCUGUGAGCUGUGUGGAGAGUCACAUCCAUACCCAGUGACCUAUCACAUGAGACAAGCUCACCCAGGUUGUGGCCGAUAUGCUGGUGGACAAGGUUACAAUAGCAUUGGGCAUUUUUGUGGAGGAUGGGCUGGUAAUUGUGGUGAUGGUGGCAUAGGAGGAAGCACUUGGUAUCUGGUGUGUGAUCGCUGUAGAGAAAAAUACCUCCGUGAAAAACAGGCCGCUGCAAGGGAGAAGGUCAAACAAUCUAGGAGAAAACCAAUGCAGGUCAAGACCCCUCGUGCCUUGCCCACCAUGGAAGCUCACCAGGUGAUUAAAGCCAAUGCACUCUUCCUGCUGUCCCUAAGCAGUGCCGCAGAACCCAGCAUUCUCUGUUACCAUCCUGCAAAACCAUUCCAGUCCCAGCUGCCCAGCGUGAAAGAGGGCAUUUCUGAGGAUCUUCCUGUGAAAAUGCCUUGUCUCUACCUGCAGACAUUAGCUAGGCAUCAUCAUGAAAAUUUUGUGGGUUAUCAAGAUGACAACCUAUUUCAGGAUGAAAUGAGAUACCUGCGUUCAACAUCUGUACCUGCCCCAUACAUAUCAGUAACUCCUGAUGCAAGUCCUAAUGUAUUUGAAGAACCAGAGAGCAAUAUGAAGUCUAUGCCACCAAGUUUGGAAACCAGUCCCAUAACUGAUACUGACCUGGCAAAGAGAACUGUCUUCCAAAGAUCAUACUCAGUUGUUGCUUCUGAAUAUGAUAAGCAACACUCCAUUUUACCUGCACGAGUUAAGGCUAUUCCUAGAAGAAGAGUUAACAGUGGAGACACUGAAGUUGGUUCCUCCCUAUUGAGACAUCCAUCUCCGGAGCUUUCUCGGCUAAUCUCAGCCCAUAGCUCCCUUUCUAAAGGAGAACGAAAUUUCCAAUGGCCAGUUUUAGCUUUUGUCAUACAGCAUCAUGAUCUAGAAGGUCUUGAAAUAGCAAUGAAACAGGCCUUAAGGAAAUCUGCUUGUCGAGUUUUUGCUAUGGAGGCUUUCAACUGGCUUCUGUGUAAUGUCAUCCAAACCACUUCUCUUCAUGAUAUUCUGUGGCAUUUUGUGGCAUCAUUAACUCCUGCUCCAGUGGAACCAGAAGAAGAAGAGGAUGAAGAAAACAAGACAAACAAAGAAAAUUUAGAACAAGAGAAAGAUACAAGAGUAUGUGAACAUCCACUCUCAGACAUAGUGAUUGCAGGUGAAGCUGCUCAUCCUUUGCCGCACACAUUCCAUCGCCUACUUCAGACCAUCUCUGAUCUUAUGAUGUCUCUCCCCAGUGGCAGUUCAUUACAACAAAUGGCCCUAAGAUGCUGGAGUCUCAAAUUCAAGCAAUCCGAUCACCAGUUUCUCCAUCAGAGCAACGUCUUUCACCACAUUAACAACAUUUUGUCAAAAUCAGAUGAUGGCGAUAGUGAAGAGAGCUUUAGCAUCAGUAUACAAUCUGGCUUUGAAGCUAUGAGUCAGGAAUUAUGCAUAGUAAUGUGCUUAAAGGACCUAACCAGCAUUGUUGACAUAAAAACUUCAAGCCGACCUGCCAUGAUUGGCAGCUUGACAGAUGGCUCUACAGAAACCUUUUGGGAAUCAGGAGAUGAAGAUAAAAACAAAACUAAGAACAUCACCAUCAACUGUGUGAAAGGAAUCAAUGCGCGCUAUGUCUCUGUUCACGUGGACAAUUCCCGAGAUCUUGGGAAUAAAGUUACCUCAAUGACCUUCUUAACUGGCAAAGCAGUAGAAGAUUUAUGCAGAAUAAAGCAGGUCGAUCUGGAUUCCAGGCACAUUGGUUGGGUAACAAGUGAACUUCCAGGAGGGGAUAAUCACAUCAUCAAAAUUGAGUUAAAGGGCCCAGAAAAUACACUAAGAGUUCGACAAGUCAAAGUCCUGGGCUGGAAAGAUGGUGAAAGCACAAAAAUCGCUGGCCAGAUUUCAGCCAGUGUGGCCCAGCAAAGGAACUGUGAAGCUGAGACGCUACGAGUUUUCAGACUUAUUACAUCUCAAGUGUUUGGAAAGCUCAUCUCUGGAGAUGCAGAACCUACACCGGAACAGGAGGAAAAAGCACUCUUGUCCUCACCUGAAGGAGAGGAAAAAGUAUACAAUGCAACAUCAGAUGCUGACCUCAAAGAACAUAUGGUUGGGAUCAUAUUCAGCAGGAGUAAACUGACUAACUUACAAAAACAGGUAUGUGCUCACAUCGUCCAAGCUAUUCGCAUGGAAGCCACCAGGGUCCGUGAAGAAUGGGAGCAUGCCAUAUCAAGCAAAGAAAAUGCCAAUUCUCAGCCAAAUGACGAAGAUGCUUCCUCUGAUGCCUACUGCUUUGAGCUGCUCUCCAUGGUUUUGGCACUGAGUGGCUCAAAUGUCGGUCGACAGUAUCUGGCUCAGCAGCUAACUCUGCUUCAGGAUCUCUUUUCACUGCUUCACACAGCCUCCCCUAGAGUCCAGAGACAGGUGACCUCUUUACUAAGACGAGUUUUGCCAGAAGUGACCCCUAGUCGUCUGGCCAGUAUCAUAGGAGUGAAAUCCCUUCCCCCAGCAGAUAUCAGUGAUAUCAUUCACUCAACAGAAAAAGGAGACUGGAAUAAGCUGGGUAUCUUGGACAUGUUUCUAGGAUGCAUUGCCAAAGCACUCACUGUACAGCUAAAAGCCAAAGGAACCACCAUCACAGGAACAGCUGGUACCACUGUGGGCAAAGGAGUCACAACAGUGACUCUUCCAAUGAUUUUCAAUUCCAGUUAUCUUCGACGAGGUGAAAGUCAUUGGUGGAUGAAGGGCUCAACUCCUACCCAGAUCUCAGAGAUCAUCAUUAAACUUAUCAAGGAUAUGGCAGCAGGUCAUCUGUCGGAAGCUUGGUCCCGAGUGACAAAAAAUGCUAUUGCAGAAACCAUCAUCGCCUUGACUAAGAUGGAAGAAGAAUUUAGGUCUCCAGUGAGGUGUAUUGCAACAACUAGACUCUGGCUUGCUCUGGCGUCACUGUGUGUUCUCGAUCAGGACCAUGUAGAUCGUCUCUCCUCAGGGAGAUGGAUGGGAAAAGAUGGGCAACAAAAACAAAUGCCUAUGUGUGAUAACCAUGAUGAUGGAGAAACUGCAGCAAUCAUUUUAUGCAAUGUCUGUGGAAAUUUAUGUACUGACUGUGAUAGAUUCCUUCAUCUUCAUCGACGAACCAAAACUCACCAAAGACAGGUCUUCAAAGAAGAAGAAGAGGCUAUAAAGGUUGAUCUUCAUGAAGGUUGUGGUAGAACCAAGUUGUUCUGGUUGAUGGCUCUGGCAGAUUCUAAAACAAUGAAGGCAAUGGUGGAAUUCCGAGAACACACAGGUAAACCCACUACAAGUAGCUCAGAAGCUUGUCGCUUUUGUGGUUCCAGGAGUGGAACAGAGUUGUCUGCUGUUGGCAGUGUUUGCUCUGAUGCAGAUUGCCAGGAAUAUGCUAAGAUAGCGUGUAGUAAGACACAUCCUUGUGGCCAUCCAUGUGGAGGCGUCAAAAAUGAAGAGCACUGUCUGCCCUGUCUGCAUGGCUGUGAUAAAAGUGCCACCACCCUGAAGCAGGAUGCAGAUGACAUGUGCAUGAUAUGUUUCACCGAAGCCCUCUCGGCAGCACCCGCCAUUCAGCUGGACUGUAGUCACGUGUUCCACUUGCAGUGCUGUCGACGAGUUUUAGAAAAUAGAUGGCUUGGGCCAAGGAUAACAUUUGGAUUUAUAUCUUGUCCUAUUUGCAAGAACAAAAUAAAUCACAUAGUAUUAAAAGAUCUACUUGAUCCAAUAAAAGAACUCUAUGAGGAUGUCAGAAGAAAAGCCUUAAUGAGACUGGAAUAUGAAGGUCUGCAUAAGAGUGAAGCUAUCACAACUCCUGGUGUGAGGUUUUAUAAUGACCCAGCUGGCUAUGCCAUGAAUAGAUACGCAUAUUACGUCUGCUACAAAUGCAGAAAGGCCUAUUUUGGCGGUGAAGCUCGCUGUGAUGCUGAGGCUGGACAAGGAGAUGAUUAUGAUCCGAGAGAGCUCAUUUGUGGUGCCUGUUCUGAUGUGUCCAGGGCUCAGAUGUGUCCCAAACAUGGCACAGACUUUUUGGAAUAUAAAUGUCGCUACUGCUGUUCAGUGGCUGUCUUUUUCUGUUUUGGAACAACCCAUUUUUGUAAUGCUUGUCAUGAUGACUUUCAAAGAAUGACCAGCAUUCCAAAGGAAGAACUACCACACUGUCCUGCAGGUCCCAAAGGCAAACAGUUAGAAGGAACUGAAUGUCCACUCCAUGUAGUUCAUCCACCCACUGGGGAAGAGUUUGCUCUGGGGUGUGGAGUGUGCCGAAACGCUCACACUUUUUAGAACACGCAGAUCCUUUGUCUACAGAGAGAAAAGUUGCCUUCAUCCCUCAAGAGGAUGCGGUGAAGUUUAAACUCUGCUCAGGAUAAGGAGGGGACCAUUUUUACAUCCAUGAAAAUGAACCAUUCACAGUGCAAGAAGGAUGCCAAAUACCAUGUACAUAAUUCUUGCUAUGAAAAGUUUCCCCAUUAUUUUGGUUUAUCUUCUUUUGAACCAAGACAUCAACUUGUGAGGUGUUUGCAUGUGGCCAUUACUCUCAUUGGCCUGUGAAGCAUUGGACAUCUAUAGAUAAUUGAUAUAAAAAAAAAAAUUGCCAUGCCCAAGGACUAAGAAUGAUGCUGGCUUUCAAGCAAAAAAGAAAAAUAAUCAUUGUUUAUUGUAUACUGCCUUUUUGUAAUCCUGUACAAUUGCAUCACGGGUGGGGAUAAAAAGAAGAAUAUUCUGGUUUAUUUCCUAGACUGUUAUUUAAAAAAAAAAAAUUGUGUUAGGACGGCAUAUAAAUGUAAUAAGGAUCACACUGUAUAUAAAGAUAUCAAUGUUUGUCCUGUAUAAGAAUUACUAAACUACAAAUGCAGUUUCAUUUAAACUUCUAGGUUAAGUUUGAGCCUGAAAUUUUAAUGAAGUGCAAUACUGAGUGUGCCUCAUUAUCUUGCAGCUGUAAACAUAUUGGAAUGUACAUGUCAAUAAAACCACUGUACAUUUUUAUACAGUGAUAAAGUCUA